AUGUUCACCACGGUCAUCCACGCCUUCGUCCUCCUCCUCACCGCCACCGCGGCCCUCGCAGCCCCGGCCGGAGGCCGCAAAUGGCCCCGCUACACCGUCCCCCAGCAGCACUUUGAGGUCCUCAGCAUGCGGAGCCUGGAGCCCGUGAACCCGGCCGCCAUAGUGGAGGCGACCUGCAUCGACCGUAACGCCCACAUCGUCUUCCACGACCAGAACGCCGCCGAGCUCGCCAUCUGCGGCGGCAUCUCGGGCUCCGUCGCCGCCUGCCAGGGCAGCCCCGCCACAACCAUCGGCCAGGCCGGCUCCGCGCGCUUCGAGCUCAAGACCUCCGUCCCCGGCGCCUCCAUCAACAUCACCAAGGCCAAGUGGGAGCAGUGCGUCCGCGCCGCCCGCGACAAGUGCCUCACCGGCAGCGUCCGCGCCGUCUGCGCCGGCGGCGCGUCCUCCGGCAACGUCGAGUUCACGCUGGUCAAUUCCCAGAGCGUCAGCAGCGAGCUGUGA